UCCUUUUGUGAAGCCCCUUCGCUAAAUCCUUCGCCUUAUUCCUGCAACGUCUAAUACAGGGUAGCGCAACAACUAUGUGGCCCCUUUCGUCCAACACCUUUGUCCCUGACCAGCAUAUUCCCGACCUCUCGGGUCAGGUCAUUCUUGUUACCGGUGGCAACGCCGGGCUCGGAAAAGAAAGCGUCCUGCGGCUAGCUAAACACAACCCUCGGAAGAUCUAUCUAGGCUGCCGGACCGAGUCCAAGGCCCGGGAUGCCAUAGCGGACAUACGCAGCCAGCUCGGCAAAGAUACAGACCAUGCCGGUUCAGCAAAUGUGGACAUCGAAUAUCUACCUCUCGACUUAGCCGCAUUACCGUCUGUCAAGGCAGCUUCCGAGCAUGUUAUCCAGAACACUGACCGCCUUGAUGUUCUGCUUCUGAAUGCUGGGAUCAUGGCUGUCCCACCUUCAAAGACUGCCGAUGGCUUUGAAGUCCAGCUGGGGACUAAUCAUGUGGGACAUUUCCUACUGACAAAGCUCUUGACACCGUUACUCCAAACGACAGCUACGGAGCAUAAGGGAGACGUCCGAGUCGUCAGCCUUUCUUCAUCUGGGUACGCAUUCGCACCGUCCAUCGAUAUUAUACUCGACACGGAUGAGCUCUACAAGCAAGGACCCUGGGUACGCUAUGGAGCAAGCAAGGCAGCGAAUGUCAUGUUUGCGGCAGAAUUAGCACGCCGACAUCCCGGGUUUACGAGCGUGAGCCUCCAUCCUGGAGUAUCUAAUACGGGGUUAUUUGCAAACACGAGGGAGUCUUGGUUGAUGAGAACGCUGAUGGCGGUGUUUGGCCCGUUGGUGUUUAGUGAUGUGGAGCAGACGUCACUAAACCAACUAUACCUUUCAAGAGGAAUGAGCCGGGAACAGUUGGUAAAUGGGGGGUUUUAUUUACCGGUUGGCAAGAUAGGACAGGCAAAGUGGCAGUCAGAUAUGAGCUACGGGAAGAGGCUAUGGGAAUGGACUGAAGCCGAGUUGGCAAAGAGAGGAUACAAUUAGGAGCUUAAAAGGGACACAACGUGGCCUAUUUUUCUUAACGCAGGAUGGAUUGUUUAGUAGCGUAGUGCGUUAAAUUGUAAUGACUUGGAAGUUGUCGC